GCGUUCUCAUGUGAAAAUCAUCGUCGGCGGUUGCUCCGUUCUUUGUGGCUCCUCCUCGAGCGGAAAUCAAACAAAAAUCUAUCAAUUUUUUUGUAUUUUUUUUUGUAGUAGUAACAUUUAAGGAAAAACGCAACCGAAUCUAAAUGAAUCUUAAUUGAUUUCUCCAUAGGGAAAUUUUCUAGAAAGAAAUUUGCCAGCAAAUGGAAAUAAAAAACUAUUUUUUUUGUAUGUACAAAUAAUUAAUAAUCAUUUUCAAGUGCAACAAUUGUGAAAUCCAGCCAAUGUGUGCAUGUGGGCGUGCAAAAACAAAACUAUAAAAAUAGAGAGACAAAGAAAGAGCGAGAGCGAGGGAGAGCGAGAGAGAGAGAGUGCCAGUGGGGCUCUUAUCAGCGAUCGCAACGAAAGAUCUCUCUUUUUUCGCAACUUCAGCGGCACCAAAGUAACGGAUCCAAUUUCCGGAUGGAAUAAUAUUGCGUCUAAAACAACAAACAAACAAUCAACAGAAAGCAAAAGAAACCCCCAGAAAUCAAGUUUUUCUUAAGGGAAUAAGAAAAGCGCACUAUUUUCAGAGCUGAACAAAAGCCAAACCAAACCAAGACAUAAACUUAACGAAACCACAGUGAACGAAUACCAGUGUUGGCUAACAAUGCGCACAACUAUCGGCCGUGGCCCAAGGUUCAGCUACAAUAGCGUCCAGCACAAGGAGGUGAUCACCUAAGCCCACAGCCCACAGCCCACAGGCUUUAACAAUCGAAAAGCAGUGACAGAACCCAGUGAUAGUCCCAGCUAAAGCAUCAGAUAGGCCACACAUUCCAGUGAUUAGUGAUCAGAGAUCAAUAAUCAGUGAUCAGUAAUCAGUGAUUAGUGAUCAUGUCGUCGGAUACGAACUCGUGCGCCAGCUUCUUUGCCCAGGAGCAUACCAAUGCCACACUGUCGCAGUACUUCCAGCAGCUCAACUCUCAGGUGGCUGCCGCUGCGGCCGUGGCCAGUGGCGGGGCCCCCAGCAGCAGCAACAACAACAACAACAGCAGCAGCAGCAGCAGUGGCAACAAUAGCAGCGGCAACAGCGACAGUGGCAACGAUGGCAGCCUCACCGGAUCGACGGGCACCCUGGAUAACCAUCGCAGCAGCGUCAGCAGCAAUGAUUCGGGCAAGAGCAGUGCAGAGGGCGCUGGCGGUGGAGGCGGUGCCAGUGGCAGUGCCAGUGGCAGCACCAGUGGCUUGAAUGCCUGGGCCCUGCAGCAGCAGCAACAGACGGCAGCGUUGCACCACCAGCAGCAGCAACAGCAGCAACAGCAACAGCAGCAACAUUUACAGCAGCAGCAGCAGGCGCAUGCACACCAGCAACAUGCUGCCGCUGUGGCUGCCGCGCAGAUCCAGCAGCAACAACACACACAUCACGCUCAACAGCAUGCCGCUGCCCAGCAGCAGCAGCACCAUCCCCAUGGACCGCCUCAUGGACCUCCCCAUGGACCGCCCCAUAGCCACCCAGCGCAUCCACACCCCCACUCGCACCAGCACCCGCACCACACCCACCCACAGCAGCAACAGCAGCAGCAACAACAUCAUCACCAGCAACAGCAACAGCAGCAGCAACACGCCCAACAGCAACAACAUCACGCCGCCCAACUGGCCCACACCCUCUCCUCGGCAGCGGCAGCCCCCGCCCCCAACAACAGCAACAGCGGAAGUGGAAGCGGCAGCACCCACUCCAUCUUCGGAACCGGAAAUUUCCACUACAAGAGCAACAACUCGUGGACCCUGCCGACGCUCACGUACCAGAGGCUCUACCAGGAGAACCCCCACUACCAGCGGAGCGCCUUCAUGGAUCCCCAGGGGAAUGGGGCGGCAGCAGCAGCAGCAGUGGCCGCUGCCGGCUGCAAUGUGGCAGCAGCAGCUGCGGCCGCGGCUGCCAAUGUUGCUGGUGGCGGUCAGGCCGUCGUCAAUGCGAGCUCCAAUAGCUCCAGCAGCAACACUCCAGCAGCGGGAGCCCUCAAUCCCAACAGCAAUGUGGUGGCCAGUCAAAAUAGUAGCAACAGCAACAACAACAGCAGCAGCAACCCCAACGCCAACACUAAUGUGUCCUCCGUGGAUCAUGUGGCAAAUGCAGUGGCAGCGGCAGUGAUUGCCAACGAGCAUCAGAACCAUUUGAACAGCCUCAAGGCGAGAUUUCAGCCAUCUAGCUCAGGCAGGAAAUCACCAUUUUUGGGUUUUAUUUGCAAAGCAAACGGCAAAUCCACAUCGAAUAGCAAAGAAAUCAUCUGUCCGGAUGACAAGUACAAGGAGGAGGGCGACAUCUGGAAUGUCGAGGCACAGACGGCGUUUCUUGGCCCAAACCUUUGGGACAAGACACUGCCCUACGAUGCCGACCUCAAGGUAACACAAUACGCCGACUUAGAUGAAUUCCUGUCGGAGAACAACAUACCUGAUGGCCUGCCCGGCACCCAUUUGGGACACUCAAGUGGUCUGGGCCACCGUUCCGAUUCGCUGGGCCACGCAGCGGGCCUGUCGCUCGGCCUGGGCCACAUAACCACAAAGCGGGAACGGUCGCCAUCGCCAUCCGAUUGCAUUAGUCCCGACACGCUAAAUCCGCCAUCGCCGGCCGAGUCAAUAUUUGAUAUUCCAGCAUUUUCGUUUGCAUCAUCGGGCCGUGACUUCGAUCCGCGCACCCGAGCCUUCUCCGACGAGGAGCUCAAGCCCCAGCCGAUGAUCAAAAAGUCACGCAAACAAUUCGUUCCAGAUGAGCUCAAGGACGACAAGUACUGGGCCCGUCGGCGAAAGAACAACAUUGCGGCGAAGCGAUCCCGCGAUGCCCGGCGCCAGAAGGAGAAUCAAAUCGCGAUGCGAGCACGCUAUUUGGAGAAGGAAAAUGCAACAUUACAUCAGGAGGUGGAGCAGUUGAAACAGGAGAACAUGGACUUGCGUGCACGUCUAUCGAAAUUCCAAGAUGUGUAAUGAUAAAUACAAUUUUGUGACUUGGCCUGAGGACACCACAACAAUUAAAUAAUGAUAAUUGAUAAUUGAUAAAUGAUAAAUGAUUAAUGAUAAUUGAUAAAAUAACAAUAAUCAUACGAGUAAUUAUGAUAAAACCACUACUAAUAAUGUUUAGUAAAAGCAGACAUGAAACCUACACUAAAUAUAAUAUAUAUAUAUAUAUAUAUAUACAUAUAUAUACUAUACAGAAAUAUAUAUAUAUAUUAGUAAGCAAACACACACACAUACACACCCCUCACACCUAUACACACACACAGAAAUACCUACAGAGAGCAGCGGCAAGCUCCGCUUAAAAAUAUUUAUUUUUUGUGCUUAAAACACUUAAAACAAAAAACGAAGAAACGAAGAAAUGUAAGCAUACAGUUUUUUAGAGUAGCCCAAAAGAAAGUCAGAGCGCAAAAAGCUCUCCGAAAGCUCCGCAGCCGCAGCCGCAGCUUUUUGCCUUUACCGUAGCCUACUUCCGAGCAUCCUACACCACACACGAACACACACACAGACACACACAUAGAAGCCGACCCUAAAAUUGUUACAUUUUAAAUUGUUUGAUAGUUUUGUAGACUAGUUUUAUGAGAAACAUUUUCUUCUGCCUUCGCCUCCCACUUUCUCCAACUAAUUUCUCCACAGCCCCCUCCUUCAUUCUACUUUCUUACUAUUCAUAUGUUUUUGUAAUUAGUUUUUCGGUUAAGUUUAGCUUUUGACAGAGCAAAGGAGAAGAAAAAGGAGAAGAGAGAACCCUCAAAGCAACAACAACAACAACAACAACAACAACAACACGACACGCACCAACAAAAAAUCAUAUUGUAAAUAAUUUCGUUGGCUUUUUUUUUUUUUUAAUCAAACUCAAAACGAAAGCAAAUGCAAAAGCAAAAGCAAAAACCAUAAAAAGCCUAAGAAAAACUUGUAUAAAGAAAAUUGCAAAAUGAAAACCCACAAAAAAAAACAAAAACAAACAAAAAAAAAGAGAACACAAAAAAGGAAAAGCUAAGAGAAAAACCAUUUAGAAAUGAGCAAAGAACUUCCCUCCUCAGUUGCCGGGCACUUGGCAGCUGUUUAGUUGUUAAGUGAGCUAUGAUUUUUUUUUUUAUAUAAACCUAAACAAAGAAAAAACAUUAAAAAACCAAUCUACAAAAUGGACAAAAAAAGAGGAAGAAGAACAUGCAGCACAGAGCGAGCAAGAGAGAGAGAGAGAGAGAGACACACAGACAGACAGACGCACGACAGGGACGGACAGUGCAGAACUAGUGCAAAAAGAAGAAAGAAAAAAAAAGAAAAAAAAAACAAAAACAAAAAACUAGAAAUGGAAAUGGAAAUAGUUUUCGUUGUUAAUUUGUUGAUACUACAGUAACCUCUACAGUAAUCCCCCCCCAAGAACUAACCCAGACAUAGUCAGCUGGUUAAACAUAGAGAGGGCGUACUGUACUCUCGUACUACUCGUACUAACACACAUCGUCAUACCCCCACACACACACACACAUACAUCCAUCCAUCCAUCCAUCCAUCCAUCCCCCCACUUCACUUAAUUUUUGUUCACUACUUUUCCUACUUUUAGUUUUAAAACAAUUUUAUUCAUUUGUAUACAAGAAAAAUAAAUGCUAUUUCUUUUGGUGUGAUUUUGCAAGAUCUUAAAACAAAACAAAACAAAACAACAAAUAUAAAAUAUAUAAAAACAAAACAACUUUUUUUUUUAAACUAAUUAAUUAUGUUACGAUAAACAAGCAAAACAAAACAAUUUCCUAGUUAAGUUUAUUAAUUAUUAUUAUUAUUAUUAUGAUUAUUAUUGUUUGUUAUACCUUUGAGUUACAUUUACCUGCAUACAAAAUAUCUAGAGACUUAAGCAAAUAUAUAUGAAAAAUCCACAAAAAAAAAAACAACAACAAGAACUACAACAAUUACAAUUACAAAAAGAAAACGAAAUUUAAGUUUUAUAUUCAGCAAAAAGGAGAAAAAACGGAAGCUAAAAUGGGAAGAGACGAGAAGAGACGAGAAACAGAAAUCUAAUUAAGUUCCAUUAAGCACUUUUUCUUUACAAAUUUCAAUAAGUUUUAUUUAUUCUAUGGAGAAAUGUGCAAAACCAUUCAAAAGAAACAACAAACAAAAGCAAAGAUUGAGCAUAACAAAAAGCUAAAAAGAAAACAAAAACAACA